CGACAUAUUUAGUUAUUUACUGCAACGUGAUUCCUGAUUCGGGAAUUUUGAUCGUGUAAUCGUGUAAAUGCGUACUCUGCCUCGUUUUGACAAUCUAAUUUUUUAGUAAUUUGAUAAUUUUAUAUCAGCAUACCUCUUACCUCUAUAAUAAGCUCAUGAUGUGUUCUAUUAACGAAGAAAACUUAGCCGAAGAGACCAUGGUCGCAACUCCCAAACUAUCAGUUACAGAUGCAAUAUGCCGCAGAUGUAACAUACUAAAGGCUCAAGUUCUUCUACGUAAAACAGAUCCAUACUGUCGUGAUUGUUUUAUGAAGUAUGCUGUCCAUAAAUUCCGUUCCACGAUUGGGAAAGCACAUGCUCUUAAACAUAAUGAACAUGUUUUAUUGGCAUAUUCUGGAGGAUUAUCUAGUGGGUCCAUGGUAAAGCUUAUUAAAGAAGGCUUGGAUCUCUCAGAAAGUAAAAAAAUUAAAAUGGUGUUCAAACCUACUUUAGUACACAUAGACGAAGGUUUAAUUUUGAAUCUUUCCAAACACGAAAGGAAAGAAACCACUGAUUUUGUUCUUGAGCAGGCUAAAAAAAAUGGCUUUGAUGUUUACAUCUGUAGCCUUGAGUACUGUUUAGCACCAGACCUCAAUGACUUGAAGCUGGAAAUGAAUUCUUACCAAAUCGAAUCUUCUAUUUAUGAAAGCCAACUGGAGACGCUAUUUGGUUCUGUGAAAAGUCUUACGGCAAAGGAAGAUUUACUAAUUCGUUUGAAACAGCGUUUGAUCACACUUUUAGCUACUCGAUUGAAUCACGCAAAAGUAUUUUUAGGUCCAAAUGCUACUAGAUUGGCCGGCCAACUUCUAUCUGCUAUCGGUCAAGGAAGGGGGGCUCAGAUUGCCCAUGAGAUAGGAUUUACGGAUUCUCGUACCGGUACUGUUUUUCUACGACCUAUGCGUGAGUUUGUCGAUAAAGAAGUGGCGUAUUUAGCAAAUUUCUUAGGGGUUGAUUCAGUGUGCCUGCCUACAUUGUCAUCAAAGUUAGGUUCAACUGCCAGUAUUGGGCGAUUAACUGAAGACUUCGUAGUAACUUUGCAGACCAAUUUUCCAGCUACAAUUUCAACUUUAUUUCGUAUCAGUGAUAAACUUAAAUCAAACAUUGCUGAUCCGAAUCCAUCCGAUUGUGAAAGAGAUUCACUUUGUCUUUUAUGCCUUUCGGCCAUUGAAGAGUCCUCAGUUUGUAGUGCAUCAACCGCUCGACACAUUUCACAGACUAUUUCGCGAAGUGGACCGAAUGAUGAUUUGAGAAACCAUUCAUCGCAAUCCGUUGGAACUGGUCAGCAUCAGGACUCAACAUCGUGCAAUUCUAAUUGCAAUUCUCAGGGCAAACCGUGUUGUAAGACGUCGAAUGACCAAAUCCAGAGUGAUUGGAGUGCUGUUCUUUGUUACGGAUGUCGCAUAACAAUGGAAGAUGUAAAAAAACCUGAACUGAUGCCCAUAAAUUAUCUUGAAGAACUUCGGCUGCGAUCCCGUCGACAAGUGAUGCGACAAUCCGUAGAACAGUUCUUGUUGUAGUUCUGAAUAAUCGGUUUAAAUAAAUGUUAAACUG